UUAGAUUCUCAAGUCUCUUAGUUCAAGUCUAAAUGGUUUUUCUCUUUUCUUGGAGAAGUUACUUUUUUGACAGAAGAAGAAGAAGAAAAGGCAAAACAGAGAAAGCGAGUAAAAGAAGUGAAAGAAUGAUGCUGAGCUGGCUCUAAGUUGAUGAGGUGGAAGUGCAGUUGAAACUUGAAAGUUCUUUGGAGUAUUUGACAUUUGUUAACACAAUCGAUUAAACGCUGCGUUUAAGCACCGAACCGGUGCGUUUAUAAUUUGAGAUAAACCGGUGCGUUUAGAGUAUGGGCACGUGCGGCAUUGAUUGGAAGAUUUAUAUUUUGGGCCAUGUCUUCAGUUCUCUGUACGUGAUUCUCCAGCUCAAUCGAUGUCAUACAAAAAAAUCUAUCUAAAACAAAUCAAACAAAAUCUAAAGUAAAUCUUUCCUUUUUCUCACAAACCUCAACGGCUACAUAAUUUCUGAGGUAAAUCUUUCCUUUUUUUCACCGCACAUCAAAGAAAAGUCUAUAAAUAUAUCAAACUCCAAUUCACAAAGUUUCUCACUCAAUUUCAUUUGUUUUCUUCUUUCUCCUUCGUGUGCGAUAGAAAAGAAAACAACAACUUCUUUCGAGAAAUCAACAAGAAAAGCUCACCAUGCGAUCACCUCGUCCUUCCUCUUGUUCCAAGUGCUCUUCUGCUUCUUCUUCUUCUUCUAGUUAUUCACGCGCUGCAACGAGUUUGAACAGCAGACUCUUGACGAUAUUCAAGAAAGCUCAAGAGCUUACUACUCUCUGUGAUAUCGAAGCCUGCGUCAUUCAUUACGGACCUGACGGCGAACUGAAGACAUGGCCUGAGGACAGAGACAAAGUGAGAUCCCUCGCUCUCCGCUACAUCCAAUUAGACCAAGCCAAGAUACGCAAGAAAAGCGUCAAUCUUCACGAGUUCCUCAACAAGAUGGAGGAUAAGAAGACGAUGCUUCAUAAGUUCAAGAAGAGGGCGAAGAAGAAUGUUGAAGUAUUAAAGUAUCCAAUCUCUGUUCACUACUCUCCCGACCAAAUCAACCAACUGAUUCAGUCCUUGGAACUAAGUUACUCUAAGUUGCAAGAAAGACAUCGUUUUCUUGCGGCAAAGAAACAGAACGAAUCUUUGAACCCUAACCAGUUCAAACAGUUACCACAAGAGUCUGUCUUGAAAAAUCAUGAGGUUUGUGUUAAUGAUCAGAACAACAACUUUCAACAUCUUUGCGUUUCAGCGGUUCAAGAAUCUGGGGGGUCAGAUUAUCAGUUGAUGAUGCCUUAUAGUGGUGGCUAUGAUCAGAGCAUGUGUACGGUUAACAACUUUCAAGAUCCUUGCGUCUCAAACAUACAAGAUUACUCAGUGUUCCCACCAGAGUUACAAGAAUCUGUGAGUAACUACGCGUUUAAUCAGUUGAUGCAGCAUGAGCUUUUUGGCUUUGAUCAGAAUAUGUGUAUGGGUGAUACUACCAACAGCUUCAACGUUGUAGAUCCUUGUCUCUCAGAUGACUUCUGCUUUGAUUUUCAGGACCCUUAUGGUGCUAAUAUGGUCGGUAACCCUAGCUUCUCUCAAGAUUUUUAUCCUGAUAUGUCUUCAAGCUCUGUUGAUGAGAACAGACUACUUCAGGCAUCUACUCUACCAUCUCUCUAGCUCCGACCUUCCUAACGAAAACUAUGAGAUUCCCUAGCAAUUUACCUGAUAAAAUUGGCUGAUCAUGGAAAGAAAGUGAAGCUGUUUAUGCAUCUGCAUGUUUUUAUUUUGAAUACGCAUAUAUUAAUAAAAUGUAUAAGACAGAA